AUGGAGGAAAAUGGAGCUGUUACCGUCUACAACGGCAGCGUCAUCACCGACGCCAAGAAGAAUCCCUACUCCAUCAAAGUUGGCCUGACUCAGAUGCUCCGCGGCGGGGCGAUUCUCGAAGUCAUCGACGCCCGUCAAGCUAAGAUCGCCGAGGAAGCCGGCGCGUCUUGUAUAAUGGUCUCGGAGCCGCCGUCGGGUCGGGGUGGGAUUUCGCGGAUGCCCGACCCGUCUCUGGUAAAGGAGAUCAAGCGCGCGGUUUCGGUCCCCGUCCUGGCCCGCGUCCGCGUUGGCCAUUUCGUCGAGGCGCAGAUACUGGAAGCCAUCGAUGUCGAUUACAUCGACGAGAGCGAAGUGCUUGCCCCAGCCGACGAGGAUCACUUCAUCAACAAGCAUAACUUCGGGGUGCCGUUCGUCUGUGGCUGUCGCAAUUUGGGCGAGGCUCUGCGGAGGGUCAGGGAAGGCGCGGCAAUGAUCAGGACGCAAGGUGAGAUAGUUGCCCGUGGGUGCAUCGCCGAGACGGUGAGGAAUGUUAGGAGCGUGAUGGGUGAGAUCAGGAUCUUGAACAACAUGGAUGAAGAUGAGGUGUUUGCGUUUGCUAAGAAGAUCGCGGCGCCUUAUGAUCUGGUGGUGCAGGCGAAGCAGAUGGGACGGCUGCCCGUGGUGCUGUUUGCUGGUGGCGGGAUUGUGACCCCUGCUGAUGCCGCGUUGAUGAUGCAAUUGGGUUGUGAUGGGGUUUUUAUUGGGAAUGAAGUUUUUGACUGUGAUGAUCCGUAUAAGCGAGUUAGGGGGAUUAUGCAGGCGGUUAGGCAUUAUAAUGAUCCUCAGGUCUUAGUUGAAAGUAGCUCUGGACUUGAAGAUUCAAUGGCGGAGCUCAAUCUUAAUGAACCCAGGAUCGAGCAGUUUGGCCGUGGCAGCGAGUAG